CCUCGGGGAGGGUGUUCGGCGCGGGGGCCGCGCGGGGCGGGGCCGCGGGCACUUGAGCUUCGGCGGGGCCGCGGGGAGUGGGGCGCCCAGUCGUCCUUGCGUCCAGGCUUGGCUCCGAGGGACAUGUCCGCGCCGUGCUCGCAACGCGCCCCAGGCUGCUAGCUUCUCCGGGACUUCCUGCCCGCGCGGCCCCGCACCUGGCCGCGGCCCCAGGCCGGGCUCGGGCUGUAGCGCGCCGCGGGCGGGCGGGUGGCUCGUUGGCCGGCGGUUCGCGCGGACCGCUGCAGUCAUGGGGCUGCAGCCCCUGGAAUUCAGCGACUGCUACCUCGACAGUCCGUGGUUCCGGGAGAGGAUCCGCGCCCACGAAGUGGAGCUCGAGAGGACCAACAAGUUCAUCAAAGAGCUCAUCAAGGACGGGAAGAACCUCAUCGCGGCGACCAAAAGUCUUUCAGCAGCCCAGCGGAAGUUUGCUCACUCGCUCAGAGACUUUAAGUUUGAGUUUAUUGGUGAUGCGGAGACCGAUGAUGAACGCUGCAUAGAUGCUUCCUUGCGUGAAUUUUCUAACUUUUUGAAGAACCUGGAAGAGCAGAGGGAAAUCAUGGAAGAAAAAAAGAAGUUUGACAAAGAGACAGAGAAGAACUAUACCCUAAUUGAUAAACAUUUGAAUUUAUCAGCAAAAAAGAAAGACUCACAUUUACAAGAGGCAGACGUCCAAGUGGAGCAAAACCGGCAGCACUUUUACGAACUGUCUCUCGAAUAUGUAUGUAAGCUGCAGGAAAUCCAAGAAAGAAAGAAGUUUGAAUUCGUGGAACCUAUGCUGUCAUUUUUUCAGGGAAUGUUUACUUUCUAUCAUCAGGGCCAUGAACUUGCCAAAGACUUCAAUCACUACAAAAUGGAACUACAGAUCAACAUUCAGAAUACUCGGAAUCGUUUUGAAGGAACGAGGUCGGAAGUGGAAGAGCUUAUGAACAAAAUCCGACAGAAUCCCAAGGACCACAAGCGAGCCAGCCAGUUCACGGCCGAAGGCUACCUGUAUGUGCAGGAGAAAAGGCCUGCCCCAUUCGGGUCCAGCUGGGUCAAACACUACUGCAUGUAUCGGAAGGCGGCCAAGAAGUUCAACAUGAUCCCAUUUGAGCACAGAUCUGGUGGGAAACUUGGGGAUGGAGAGGUGUUCUUUUUGAGAGAAUGUACCAAGAGGCACACAGACUCCAUAGACAGAAGAUUCUGUUUUGAUGUAGAAGUUGCUGACAGGCCCGGCGUUGCCCUGACCAUGCAGGCGUUUUCAGAAGAGGAGAGGAAGCAGUGGCUGGAAGCUCUGGGUGGAAAAGAAGCUCUGCUCCAUACUUUUAAUAGAGCCAUCGUCCCAAGACCAGAAGGAAGUGCACAGUUGGAUAAGAUGGGAUUCACAAUUCUCAGAAAGUGCAUCAGUGCAGUUGAAACACGAGGUAUAAAUGACCAAGGAUUGUACAGAGUUGUGGGGGUGAGUUCAAAGGUCCAGAGACUUCUCAGUAUGUUAAUGGAUGUAAAAACCUGCAAUGAUUUGGACCUGGAGAAUUCCAGUGAUUGGGAAGUGAAGACAAUAACGAGUGCCCUGAAGCAGUAUUUGAGGAGUCUUCCGGAGCCUCUUAUGACCUAUGAGUUACAUGGGGAUUUCAUUGUUCCAGCCAAAAGUGGGAGUCCAGAAUCUCGUGUGAAUGCUAUCCAUUUCUUGGUGCAUAAACUUCCAGAGAAGAAUAAAGAGAUGUUGGACAUUUUGGUGAAACACUUAACAAAUGUUUCAAACCACUCCAAGCAGAACCUGAUGACCGUGGCAAAUUUGGGAGUGGUGUUUGGACCAACUCUGAUGAGGCCACAGGAAGAAACUGUUGCUGCCAUCAUGGACUUGAAGUUCCAGAACAUUGUUGUGGAAAUCUUAAUUGAAAACCAUGAAAAGAUUUUUCGGACGCUGCCUGAUGCCACACCCCCUGAGUCAGUCUCCCAGUCACCCCCAAAUGCUCCACCAAGACAAUCGAAGAGACAAGGCCAGAGGACCAAGAGACCUGUGGCUGUGUAUAAUCUCUGUCUUCAGCUGGAAGAUGGUGACAGCCCCAACCCUUCGAAGGAGGACACCCCCACCAGCAGUCUGGACUCACUUUCCUCCCCAUCUCCCACGACUGCCACUGUCCAGGGGCUUCCUGGACCAGACAAAAACCACCUUGUCACUGACGGAGACUGGGCAUCCGCGGCCUCAAGCCAGACCCGACCACCGAUGGUCCAGUGGCUUAACCCGCAGUCUCCGACCACACUGAGCUGCAACCGAGCUGUUACCCCUCCUUCACCCAAGUUGUCACCUUUCCUUUCCUGUCCUCCUGCCACCCCAGCGGACAAGCCACCUGAAAGCGUCACCAGUCGGAAGGCUCGAGCGGUGUAUCCGUGUGAAGCAGAACACAGCUCCGAGUUAUCGUUCGAAAUAGGAGCAAUUUUUGAGGAUGUACAAACCUCGAGGGAACCUGGCUGGCUAGAAGGGACUCUGAAUGGCAAGAGGGGGCUGAUUCCACAGAAUUACGUCAAGCUGCUCUAGCGCCCGUCCUGUGAGGGCCCCACGGACCCCGGCACCCAAGGCCCUGCCUGGGGCAGCGAAGCCACAGCCACCGGACACACGGGAAUUCCAGAUCACGACGGGCACUCCGGGGGUGUGGAGGGGGACACACUGCUAGAGGUGGGGAGAGGGACACACCGCAGAGAACUGUGUAGGUCUGUGGAGCAGGAGAACAGUGUCGGGAUGGACUUUUCACUUGUCAAGCCUCAGACAUGUGAUUGUUAAUUAUCCAGAGAGCAGGAGGGAGGGUGGCGGCCACCUGCCAGCCCCACCUCCCCCACUGGCCACCACCCCGCCAGACACCUCCCCACCCUGCUGCUGAGGUUUUAUAGGGAACUGUCCUCAUGGUGGUGUUUGCAAGAGGCCUCCUGGCUCCGGUGGGCGUGUGGAGGCGCUGCUGCCGGGGGUCAGGGCAGUGACUUGUUCUAAACCCAGCGGGCAGGUGCUCCUCCCUGGACGGGCCCCUUGGACCCGACACUCAUGCUACGCUGAGAGCACCCGCGUAUUUAUAACAGGCUUCUCCUUGGUGGUGCUCACCCGUGUGCUGUUUCCCCGACACCACCCUUUUGCUCCAAGGCCUCUGUAAAUGAAAUAAAAUGUAAUUUCCUA